AAUUAAACAUUUAUUUUGUAUUUAAUUGUCCCCUUGUGUGUUUUCCGUUAGCUUCAAAAAUGGAAAGGAAUUUCCGAAUAGAUUUAGACUUAAGCAAUUAUUACAGUGAUCACAGAUGUAAGGCUAGAUUGUUUAUAAAUGAUACCAUCAGCCGUAUAAAAGAUUUGGAGAAAAAAAUAAGUUGUUUGUUUGAAAUUAAAGAUUUUCAUUUGCUGUGUCAGAACAAUUACUUACCAUCUUUUGAAGACAUCAGGGUUUUACAAAAGGAUGAUGUUAUAAGAGUUGUUUCUAAUGAUCCAGAAGUAAAUACAAAGCCAAAAAAGAAGCGUAAAACUGAAAUAAUUGAAGAAGUUGUUUUAAAUAAGGAAGAGAAAAAAUCGAAAAAGAGAAAAAGCAAGUCCGAAGUAGCUCCUAUUGAUGAACCCCAAGAAAAUGAAUGCCUGUCCCCAAAAAAGAAGAAAAACAGGAAGUCGGUUCAUAUUUCUGAGGUCAGCACUGAAAAAUUUUCAAGUACUGAAGAUGUUAAUAAGGAUUCUAAGAAAAGAAAGAGUAAGAAAAAUACAGAUUCUCUUGGGUGUCCUGUGGAAGAUAUGGAAUCACAAGAUCAACUUGUUAAAAGCAGUAAUAAAAAUGGGUCAGUUAGAGAACAAGUAGUUGAAAAUGAGGCUCAAAAACUUAAUGAUGAGUCUCAAGCAAUGUUAAGUGAACAUUGUUAUGGGAAUAAGCAAAGUGAAAAGAAUGUUCCUAUAAAUGUGGAUCAAAAUUUUAACACUAAGAUUUUAAGUGUGUCACUUCCACAAGGUAAAAUAGUGCGUCAUUACAGAAAGAGGAUUUCUGUUCCAACUAUGACAGAUGAAUAUUUAAAAGACAAAAAAGUUAACAUUGUUAAAAUUGAGCGAGUUGAUGUCGCCAAUAAAAGUCUCAAAAUGGAUGUUGAUGAUAAUUUUUCGAACGAAUCUACAGAGUCAAAUGAUUCGGAAGAAUGUCACACAACCAAAUCUGCACUAAUUGAUAACCAAGAAUGCUCAACUUCUCUUAAUCAUGAUCAGGACAUGGUGACACCUCAUAGUUCAGAGGUGUUAUCAUCUAAAGCUGGGAACAAAGAGUGCACACCUUCCCCUAAUCAUGAUCAGGACCUGGUAACAACUGACAGUUCAGAAGAGUCAUCAUCUAAUUCUGAGGAGGUUUCUAAUAAAUCCAACCCAAGAGACAAGUUAUCGAAAACGAGCUACUUUGGUGACAUGGAAAUAUCCCCCGUUCCACCCGGAAACACCGGAAUUGCCCCAUUUUCCAAACUGGGCACCCCCAUGGUAACAGGCUUUGAAAACUGUAAGACGCCUUUCUUUGGCAAAGAUCAUCAGCCCUCACUUUUCAUAACGAGCCACAACGAUUCCAACGCAAGGAGCGAAGAACAGGGUGACGACUCCGUAUUCUUGAGAAACCUAACGUUGGAACGGUCAACCAAUUCCCCAGAUUCUAAGCUGAACCAGAGCUUCCCCGUAACCGAAAGUGACUUGUCCAGAUAUCGCCUCUCCGGUGUGGGGCUGUUGUUGGACCAGUUGAGGAAGGAGACUCCGUUUAAACACUCCUCGAGUGUCAGCGACUCACUACGCAGUGUAAAUUCGCAGGACGAUGAUAAGGUUGAUGAUUCGGCGGAGACAAAACGGCGGAAACGGGUCAGGAAAAGGAGGAAGAGGUGCCCUCCGUCUGCGGCGAAGCCUGAGCUUCCAAUUGGUAAGCCCGUGCCGGUUAUGAAGGCCCAACUAACCGGUGGGACUCCCAAGGUUCACAUAAGGUUUAAUGAAGACGAUCACUCUUUUAAUUUACCGACUCCCAUUGAAGAGGACGGCAGUGUGGUGAGUAAUUCUGACCACACUGCUGAACUGGAGUCGAAUAAAUCUAGUAAUAACUUGCCUAAAGUCAAAAUUGACAAUGGGGCUGCAUCCAUUUCUGAUGAACCAAUGGAUAAUUCAUUGUUGAAUGAAGCUAAAGUAAUUAAAGAAGAGAGUUUUACUGCCCCUAAAAUCAUUGAUACAAUCACAAUUAAUGAUAGCAUUGAAGAAUCUCAUUUCCAACUCAAUCAGGACUUUAUGCUGGACGAGAAAAAAAUUUUGUCACAGCCUUUGAUGUCCAAUACACUUCCCAGAGUGUCAGACGUGAUUGCAUUUAAGACGUUGAAAAUUAAUGACGACUACACCCCCACAAUAUCUAAGUACAUAGCAGGAAAUGUUCUUAAAUUUGAUUCUGUAACCAAAGAAUUAGUCUGUAAAAUUAUUUAUGGAUUGGAUCAAUGUGAAAUUCCUCAAGGAAAGUUUUCGUUGGAGCUGACAGAAGAUGAACCAGUCAUUCCUGAUAAUGACAUAAGAAAGUUCAAGUGGUCACAUUUGAUAGAACCCAGACUGUUAUAUCCUUAAAUUAUUUAUAUUUUAAUUAUUUUUAUAAUUUAAUAGUUAUUAUUUAAUAGUUUGUUAUUUGCCUUUGUUAUUUAUUACAAUUAAUGUAUAUUUUUUAUAUAAAUAUUUUACGUCAGUGGUAAAUAUUUAUGUAAAUUUAAUAGUACAUUUUACCAAUAUAAA